UCUUACUUCCAAAGUCAUUGUUGCCCAACACCAUGUACUGGUGUUGUGGCAUGAACUUCCACCCUAAAUUAUUUCCUACCAAAAAGAUAAAACGGAGUGAAUGUCCAGAUGGAGCCUAAACGGGUUUUGGCUGAGGUUACCAAUAAAAACCUGGAGAAUCCCAAGGAAGCAGUCAAAGAAUCUCAUAAAGAACAAACCAAGCAGGAAAGAGCCAAGUGGUCAUUAGAUAGUUUUGACAUUGGGAAACCUCUAGGAAAGGGAAAAUUUGGCACAGUCUAUUUGGCUAGAGAAAAGUCAACCAAAUUUAUUGUUGCUUUAAAGGUUCUAUUUAAGUCACAGUUACAGAAGGCUGGUGUGGAGCAUCAACUUCGCAGAGAAAUUGAAAUUCAGUCUCAUUUAAGGCAUCCCAAUAUACUACGUCUGUAUGGCUACUUCCAUGACAAGUCUAGGGUGUAUCUGAUCCUGGAAUAUGCACCCAAAGGAGAAUUGUACAAAGAAUUACAGAAACAGGGACGCUUUGAUGAAAAGCGCGCUGCUACUCACAUGCUGCAAAUGUUCAAAGCCAUGUCAUACUGCCACGAGAAGAAAGUCAUUCACAGAGACAUCAAACCAGAAAACCUGUUGAUGGGGCUGACAGGGGAACUCAAAAUAGCUGACUUUGGCUGGUCCGUGCAUGCUCCCUCAUCCAGACGUACCACACUUUGUGGGACCCUGGACUACCUUCCUCCGGAGAUGAUUGAGGGACAGCUUCAUGAUGAGCGUGUGGACCACUGGAGUUUGGGGAUCCUCAUGUACGAGUUCCUGGUUGGAAAGCCUCCCUUUGAGGCAGAGACAAACACAGAUACUUACAGAAGAAUAACAAAAGUUGAUUUGCAUUUCCCUCCCUUUGUAUCUGAAGGGGCCAGGGAUCUUAUAUCAAAACUAUUGCGUCACAAUCCUAAACACAGAAUCGACUUGAAGGACGCCAUGGAGCACCCCUGGAUCAGAGAGAACAGCCAUAUUCCUACCACCACCAGCGGCCGGACAGAGAGCAAGUCCUCUACCUCUUCUACUUCCUGAGAGGCCUUAUUUCUCAAAGGGGUCUGCAAUAUUUCUGUGUGAUUGUCAUCAAAAGGGGAUUCAGUCUUCAGACACACAAAUUGUCUGCAUCAAUCAAUAAUCUUUCAGGAAAUCAGUGCUGUUUAUUAAGUACUCUUGACCAAUUUGUAAUUAAACUUUUUUCAUUCUUUUCAUUGAUGUAUUGGAUCAAAAUUCAGUGCUAGGUUGACAUCAGAUAUGUGAUAUUUAUGAAUGUGUUCUUUAUACUCACUUAUCACCUGGAAAUGUGGAUCAUGGUUUUUUAUUUUCUUCAUUUUUACCUGAUGUGCACUGUAUUGGGAAGGUGUGUAUUGCCAAAAAAAGUUGUACUCCAGGCUUCAUUCUUUAGUUUAUGUUGAUUGAAAUUUAUGUUGUUGUUUUUUUUUUUUGAUAUGUAAAUUAAUAGAGUUGUUUCACUUGAAAACUCUUCCAAGUCAUCUUGAAACAAGAGAUGAUAUAUUGAUACAUAAAUGAUUGAGUGGAAUGGGUUUUCUAGAGCAAAGCUCAUUAAUCAUUUGAAAUAUUUUUCAACGUGACCUAGAGCUGUUAUAAAACAUUUGUCAAUCAAGAAUCGGGUUUCGAGAGUGCCUGUACAUGUAUGUACAUCUUGAAUAGAUGGUUGGUUUGAAUGAUUGCAAUGUUGCCUUACUUUAAGUAGGACUGGUAGAGGACUAAUGAUUGAAAAUAUUUUUAAUUCCAAAAUCUCUUGAUAUAUUUUCUAUUGUGUUAGGUCAUUUUAGCCAAGCUGUAUGAUUUGUCAAUAGCUUACAUAUGUAUGUUGAAUGCAGAAUAUGCUAAAUACAGAACAAAUUUUAUAUUGAAAACACUCUGAGUUUGAAACAAUCUUUAGAAAACCCUGUAAGUAAAUCUUUCUCUGUGUUUUUAUCUUGGCCAUUAUGUUGAAAUAUCUUUAUGCAGAUAGUGUACAGAUUUGAAUUGAAUGACAUCAGUUUUAGACGUGACAGGUGGAAGGAAAAGUUGUGUUGAAUUGUCAGAACCUGCGAUGAUUGUUGAUUUGUUUUUGUAAAUUAACACCAACUGCAAAACCUGUUUCUUCGUUUUCCAAAUUCUAUUUUAAUGUGAGAAUUGAUUUCUGAGAAUUUUCUGUGAAAGAUUAAGAAUGCUUUAGUACAUGGGAUUGUCAUUCACUAGCUUCUGUCAUUCACUCAUAUAUACACUGUGUAGAAUCUGCUGUUACUAUCGUUGUUAUUUUGUAGCAGAAUUCAGUUGAUGUAAAAUUUAAGGUAUAUUUUUGAAAUGUUGUUUCCUCAAUUGAAUUAUAUGAUGAGUUGUUCUCUAAAGGUUACACAAGGGUCAUCAAAGUGAUCCAAGGGGUCGCCAGCGAUACAAUACCUGUAUGUAUGACUGAUUCACCUUAAACCUUCCCUUUAACCUUGGGUAUAUGCAAAAUUGAAAUAAUGUUCUGUUGGCAAAAAUAUUUACAUAAGAAAAAAUGAGAAAUGAAUGUGUAUCGACCGGUAAAAGUCAGUCUAUAGAUUUUGUUUCUAUUUUCACUCUAUGUUGCUCUACAUUGGAAGGGAUACUAGCUAUUCAUAUUUAAAUCUUGUGAAACUAUGUAGCUUGUCAACAGACAACCUCUUUGAACAUUCAUUACAUCUGUGUAGAAUUACAAAAUCAUGGUUGAUUUUAUUAUCCAAUAAAUUAUUUGUAUUAAACAA